AUGGCGAUGAGCUGGAUCCGAUCGGCUCUCAAGGAGGCCCUCAUAUCUCCGAAGCCGUGGGGCUCCCGCCAGUUUGCUGCCGCCGGCGGCGGCGGCGGCGGCGGCGAGACGCAGGCCGAGAGGGUGGCGGCGGAGAUGGUCCGCUACGCCCUCGGCGGCGCCGUGCACCGGAGCUCGCCAGAGGAGGCGAUGCGGAUACUGGAGCAAGGCGCCUCGAACCUGCAGGGCGGAGGCGAGGGCAGCGCCGAGGCUGUGGGGCUGCUCAUGCUCGCUAUGUCCACGCUGCUCUACCGGAGUGGAAGACGCCAAGAUGCAAUGGAAAAGCUCAAAGCAACCCAACAAGUUGCCCCUUCUGCAGCUUUUAGAGUUGCAGCGUGGGAAGCGCUAAUGGGAUUACACAUGGAGGCAGGGCAGGUGAUGUCCUACUUGAUUUCCCCAAAUGAUUUAGUUGAUCUGUCAAUCAAAGAUGAUAGCAAAUGGUCUGAUCAGGACCAUCUUAAAUUUCGGGUUAAUGCUAUCAGGGGACUUGUUGCACUUCUGAAUGGAGAAACAGAAUCAGAAAAUGCUGCCAUUUCAUAUGGUGAAUAUUUGCAUUGUGUUGGGGAUUUUCAAAUGGCAGCACAAGUGUAUGAGAAAAUUCUCGAGGCAUUUUGCAUGGAUGAUGUGUCUGGAAACCUUUUAGCAGCUGGAAACAUGGUUCCUGACGAGGCUUCUCUUGGGGUCACUUGCUCAUAUGGCCAGCUUUUAUCUCACUCUGGGAAGUUUGCUGAGGCAGAGGAUUAUCUCACAAGAGCUCUACAGAAGGCUGAAGAACAAUUUGGUGCAAACCACCCAAAGGUCGGUAUUAUAUUGACCUGUAUAGCUAGAAUGUACAAAAUGAAGGCAAGAUCGGAAGGUUCUACUUCAAUUAUGGUCCAGGAGGGAUUGUAUAGGAAGGCCCUAGAAGUAUUGAAAGCUCCUGCUAUUAAUUCUGAGGGUACCAGCAAGCAGGUCGAUUGGAGAGAUAUCAUCUCCCUUGCUAGAGGUGUUGGCCCUUAA